ACUAGCAACACUUACAUUCUCGCCUUUCAGCAAGACGAAGUAAUUUCUUUUAAUUUGAGUUUAUUUUAAAAAAUUAAAGAGAUAUGAUUGUGUAGUGUAAGUGUUUUGUGCGCUAAUUUGUUCACGCGAUUAUAAGACUGAUUUCGAUCUGAACACAACCAAAUCGCACAAUGCACACACAACGAACGACGUUACGACUGUGCCUAUGGGCUUGCCUGGUCGCGAUAUGUUGGGCGGAGUCGGACCAACCCGCCCCAUUAGCCCAACUAGCGCAGAACCCAUGCUCCAGCAAGACAACCUGCAGCGACUGCAUACGGGCGGCCAGCUGUGCCUGGUGCUUCGCCGCCGGGUUCAACGGCCCGAGGUGCUUCAACCCUGCCUUAGAAGGAGGCACUGCGGGCUGUAAUGAAGCUUACAUCUUCAACCCCGACAACGAACUGUCCGUAGAUCAAGCUUAUAACAAGGAACUUAGUAGAACGCGGUCUCGCUCGGGCUCCAGUGCAGGCUCAUACGGAGAGUCCGGUUCUUAUGGGGCCGGCGCCAGCGCCGGCGGCGCUAUGUCCACAGCUGGCUCUGGCGAGAACCUCGUUCAGAUCAAACCGCAGAGAGUCAAUCUGCAAUUACGACAGAACCAAAUGCAAAAGUUAUCGUUCGCCUACUCCCGCGCCCAGGACUACCCACUAGACCUGUACUACCUCAUGGACCUCAGUCGUUCUAUGAAGAACGACCAGGAAAAACUGGCGGCCCUCGGCAAUUUGCUCUCCGCCACUAUGAAGAACAUUACCUCCAACUUCAGGAUUGGCUUCGGCUCGUUUGUCGACAAAGUUGUCAUGCCUUAUGUUUCUACUGUCGAGAAAAACUUGAGGGCUCCUUGCGAGGGCUGCGCGGCACCUUACGGCUUCAAGAACCAAAUGUCACUUAGCACUGACACCGCUUAUUUCGAUCAAGCUGUAUCUAAAGCCGACGUGUCCGGUAACCUGGACGCGCCGGAGGGUGGGUUCGACGCCAUCAUGCAAGCCAUGGUGUGCAAGGAGCAGAUAGGUUGGCGGCAUAAGGCCAACAGGCUCCUAGUGUUCUCCACUGACGCCGGGUUCCACUACGCUGGAGAUGGCAAGCUUGGUGGCAUCGUUCAGCCCAACGACGGUGAAUGCCACAUGGAAAACAACCUGUACACAUACUCUACCGUACAAGACUACCCCAGCAUAUCUCAAAUCAACCAAAAGGCGAAGGACCACUCGAUCAACGUGAUAUUCGCGGUGACAUCGGAGCAGAUCGGCGUGUACGAGGAGCUGAGCAAGCACAUCCAGGGCUCCAGCAGCGGCGUGCUCACCGAGAACUCGGACAACGUCGUCGACUUGGUGCGCGAGCAGUACAACAAAAUCACUUCGGCGGUCGAAAUUACGGACACAUCGAGUGACGCCAUCCAAAUCGUGUAUUACUCAUCCUGUCUUGACAAAACCAAUGUAAUUCAGACGAAUAAGUGUGACGGAUUAAGGGUGGGUGACGUGGUGGAGUUCACAGCUGAGAUCACUCUGAAGGAGUGUCCGAAGGACCCGAGCAAGUGGAAGCAGACGUUCGUCAUCUACCCCGGAGUCAUCUCCGAGGGCCUCACUGUCGAGCUGGAGAUGCAAUGCGACUGCCCGUGCGAACACCGUGGACAUCACGCGUACGACGACAGCCCCGACGUGUGCAGCGGGCACGGCAUCUCUGCGUGCGGCGUGUGCCUGUGCCAGCCCGGCCGCUUCGGCAAGCACUGCGAGUGCUCGGCGCAGGGCGGCGGCUCCGCCGACCAGGACCGCGGCUGCCGGCCCACCAACGCCAGCGCCGGCGCCGUCUGCUCCGGCCGCGGGAACUGCAUCUGCGGCGUCUGCGAGUGCAACAAGAUGUCCGACCCCACCGAGGUGAUAUCCGGGCCGUUCUGCGAGUGCGAGAACUUCUCCUGCGACCGCAACAAGGGUCUGCUCUGCUCGGGCCCCGAGCACGGCGAGUGCGUGUGCGGCAAGUGCCAGUGCAAGCCCGAGUACACCGGCGCCGCCUGCGACUGCCUGCUCGACACCAAGCCGUGCAUCCCUCCAGGUGACGGUGAAAUCUGCAGCGGCAAUGGGCAAUGUGUGUGCGGUCAGUGUGUGUGCAAUGUCAACAGCGCACAGCACUACUCGGGCAGAUACUGCGAUAAAUGCCCAACAUGUACCGGCCGCUGCGAGAAGUUCAAGGAAUGCGUGCUGUGCAAGGUGCACCACCGCGGGGCGGAGUGGAACGACAAGCAGGUGUGCUUCGAGUCCUGCAAGGACGCCGAUGACAUCAACCCCAUCAUCGAGAAGGGAAAACUUGAAGCGAACGAGUCUAGGAAUGAGCAUCUGUGCAGCUUCCAAGACGAAGAAGACGAUUGCUUGUACGUGUUCGUAUAUUCGUACGACGACAGACAGGACCUCUACAUUAGGGCGCAGGAGGAACGGGAGUGUCCCAAGAAGGUAUUCAUCCUGGGCAUCGUGCUGGGCGUGAUCGCGGCCAUCGUGCUGGUGGGGCUGGCGCUGCUCAUGCUGUGGAAGAUGGUCACCACCAUCCACGACCGCCGCGAGUUCGCGCGCUUCGAGAAGGAGCGCAUGAUGGCCAAAUGGGACACGGGCGAAAACCCCAUCUACAAGCAGGCGACGUCGACCUUCAAAAACCCCACGUACGCCGGCAAAUAAGGAUCUGUCAGUCAUAAGUGUAGCAAAGGUUUAAUUAAUGUCACGAAAGUAGUCGUCUCAAACGAGCGCCCCGGGGCGCGCACGUACCCUCUACGACGCAGAUAAGAGGGUCUACCGCGAACAUUUGAAAUCGAUUUUUUUUAAUCACUAUCGCUAGCAUACAUAUUUUAGCGAUAGAGAGGUAAAUGACGAAAUUUCGAUUUUCGCGGUAGGUCCUCUGACCAUUCGUAAAUCUUAUUACAACGUGAUAAGGUCUUCUAUUGGUCACUCCAGCGUGUCUUCGUUUGUACUGGUCAGUAGUCAAUAUUUACUAUUGUAGAAUCUUUUAUGACUUUAAAUUAUGUAGUCAGUAGACUGUUCGAUUGAAAACUUAGUAUGAUGCCUUAAAUCGUGCCUUUGUCGGUAAUUUAUAAAAAAAAUAUAUGUGACUACUUUCGAAUAAUGAUCGCCGUAAUGUGCUAAUUAUUUUAUUAAAUCUCAAAUAGAUCAUUAAAAUAAGUAAUUAAUUAUUUUAUACGUUUGUGAAUCUUGUACAUUUCUAAUUGCAAUAAUAUGAAUUUUCAAAGGGUCUGUUUUUAUCAAUAUUUCUCUACAUUAUUUGUAGUACGCUUUUUGUACUUAUUGUGCGAGUGUGUGUGUAUUGUACUUACGUAUUGUGUGAUAAAUAGGGGGAACGAAUCGUGUCUUAUCAUUAACCGAAAACUUUUAGUUGUUCGAAAUGAUAAAUUUUCUUCAUGUCGCGACGACUGAAUAGUGCGACGCGUCCUUGGAAACAGUGUAAUAUUGGGGUAGUUUCUAAUAAUGCGUUAUCCGUACAAAUAACGGUGUUUGAUACCCGAUUACGUAAAGCUGCUUGUAAUUUUGUGUGCACUUUUUAUAUGAAUUUAUUAAUUACCAUAAACCUACUCUGCAGUCAGUCCUCGAUUGUUUGAAAUCGAUGAUAAAGUAAAUUAUAACAGAGCUUUACACUUUCUCCGAUAUAACAUUAACGUAUUACAAAAUUGUAAUGAUGACAAGGUGAUGUUGUGUGUGUAACGUUUUGUGUCACGAAUAACUUCCAUAAAAUCUGUGCAUAUUCAAGAUAUGUUCACUGCCAAGAUAAUAUUGUCAUCAUGUGCCUUUUAACGUGAGAAGUAACAAAUUGUGCCAUUACUAAUGCUAAACAUAGAAUAUUAACAGUUUUAUACACGGGGGUAAAUAAUGAAGAAGCGAAUUAAUUACAAUUGCAGAGAAUGAAGAUCUAUUUGUAUUUUUACGAAACAAUACGAUGCAAUCUAUUGAGAUUCGUUACUGAAACGUUUGAGGGCCGGUAUGUAUGUUGAUUUAAAUGUUUAACUGAAAAAAAAAACAGCUGACAUCUAAUUCAUUGCCAAAGAUGUGAUGUAUUACUUACUUUUUUUGCAAUUGUAAUAUAAAAUGUGGUUGUUUACUUCUUUGAAUGAAACGGUACAGAAUAUAUAUUAUUUAUUGAAAUUAAUUAUAGUUAUAAGUGUAAUUACAUUUUAUUUUUGAAAUUAAGUUAAUAUAAGUUUUAUUGAUCGUGCCUUUAUAUAUUUUUUUUAUUAUGCAUUUAGAACACAGUCAGUUAAAAAAGUUAAAACCAAUUAAUUCAUAAAAUAAGUAACAAGUAACCUCGAUCUGUUAAGAGGGAACAGUAUGUAUAAAUACAAUUUUGUCUAUAUUAAACUAUAGCUAAUAAAUAUUAACGCUAA